GUCUUUUGACGGAUUCUCGCUCGACUGUACCAUAAAGUGAAACGGGCGGGGGUGUAGUUAAGCAACUCAGUAUCAUUUCCAUUAAUUAUUUUUUUCUGCUUUGAGCCGCGUUUUAAUAUCAACGAUGUCCAUAUUUAUUUUUCUCCUCAUAUGUGUUCAGACUUGAGUGAUUUAUUUCUCAAAGCGUCACUGUACUUGUUUUGGAGUUUGAAUCUACCCCUAUCAACUUUUUGCCCGUCGCAUUGGAAACUAAGCUCUUCUUACUAUCUCUUCGCGUAGCAUUUAAACUGAGGAAAAGUUCGUAUACUUGAAAUGUAAUUUAAGUGCUUAAUUUAAAGAGGCAUAUUUUAACAGAACAAACAAUGACUAGUGCUAGUCUUGUGACUAGGAUUUCGGAACGGUCGAAAGGCGAAAUCACGGAUAAGAAAAAGUAAACAGAGGACCGUUUUCUCUCUCACCCGGUAUCAUUAGCAUGCUAACGUAGCCAACUAGCUUCUAGUAUUCGCCUCAACUGAACAGUAACGUUACAGCUGACCGGUGCUAACGCCUAACAUGGUUUAUUUACUGAAGUGUGGUUUGACAUUUACGCAUUUUCUGCGUAUGUUGACUCGGAAUAGUUAAACAGAAAUAAAAAAAAAUUGAAAAAACUGGCUAAAUUUGAAAACUGGCGACGAAAGCUACUUUAUUUGUUAGCUUGCCGGCUAAAUUGGGGUGCUGAUGUGUUCCUGCGAGAAAGUGGAUUUUAACAUCACCCCUCGUACUGUCGCCCGUCUGGUGUAUGAGGCCGAACAGGAAAGAAACAAUGGGUGUAAUUCGUCCAAUGGGAGUACCGCCAGUAACUCUCCACGCAGUACUCCUGGCAGCUCGCCCUCCCUGCGCCGCCGUGUGCUGGGAGGAAGAGCCAGUGAAGGGGAGACUGGUGGGGACAGAAGCGGAGGGGGUUCAGAGAGCCCCCUGCCUCCCACUCCCUCCUCAUCCACCUCCUCCUACCCGCUCGCAGCCCGACACUUCACCCGCAAUGCCAAGAAAAUGCAGAGCUGGUAUAAUGUUCUGAGCCCUACGUACAAACAGAGGAAUGAAGACUUCCGUAAACUCUUUAAAAAGCUGCCUGAUACAGAGCGUCUCAUAGUGGACUACUCAUGUGCACUGCAGAGGGACAUUCUACUCCAGGGCCGUCUCUACCUGUCUGAGAACUGGCUCUGCUUCUAUAGUAAUAUCUUCCGAUGGGAGACUACGAUAACCAUACUGCUGAAAGAUGUGACCAGUCUGACCAAGGAGAAGACGGCCAAGCUCAUCCCUAACGCCAUCCAGAUAAGCACUGAACAUGAGAAGCACUUCUUCACAUCAUUUGGGGCCAGGGAUCGCAGCUACAUGAUGAUCUUCAGACUAUGGCAGAAUGCACUGAUGGAUAAGACUCUGUCUCCUAAAGAGCUAUGGCACAUCGUUCACCAGUGUUACGGCACUGAGCUGGGGCUUACUAGUGAAGAUGAUGACUAUGUCUCUCCUACUGCUGAACAUAUGAAUGGCCUGCUGCCAGGCGAGGACCCGGUCUCCGUCACUGACCUGCUGGAUCUGGGAUCAGUGCCGGUGGCUCCGGUGGACUCCUCUCCACCCUCAUCUGCCUCACUUCUUCCCUGCGCUUCAGGAUCUUCACCUCCAUCCUCCUCUUCCUGCCAGCCUGUGGAGGUGCCGUCUGCUUGGACCAGCAUCGAACCUGAGCCCAGUCCACCCAGCUCCCAGAACUCACUGCUCCCCACCACAAACACUGGAAUUGCCCCGUCCUCAACUAUCUUGGAGGAAGGCGGGGACAGCCAGUCAGAAUCGGCCAAUCAGUCACUUCAGUCUCCUCCCACUGUCCCGCACAGCCUGGGAAACCUCUCCUCACUGGAUAUGACCAAUGAUGUGGAGCUCCCAACUGACCCCAGCAAUUCCUCUGACACUCAGGAAGAGAUUGCGCAGACUCUCCACAAGAGCAGCACCCGGGGGGAGUGUUACGUGGUGGACUCGGAGGUCAUAACCUCAGGCAUCCCCUACCAGGACUACUUCUACACUGUACACAGAUACUGCCUCACCUCUGUCAACAAGCACAAGAGCCGCCUCAGGGUCUCGUCUGAUAUCUGCUACAGAAAGCAGCCGUGGAGUCUUGUGAAAGCUCUGAUAGAGAAGAAUACUUGGAGCGGCAUUGAGGAGUAUUACAGACACAUGGAGAUGGAGGUGUGUAAGCUGGAGACGCUGUUACAGUCGGAUAUUUCUGUAGUGAGCACUGGGGUAGUGCCUUCUGCAGACUCUGCCAAGACGCCACCCGGCCUGCGCAGACGCAAACGCAACUGUCCCAGACGAGCAGGAGAGCGGGAGAGAGAAAGAGAGGGAGCGGGAGGAGGUGCCGGGGAACGGGGCGACCGAGGAAUUGGAGUUGAGCGUGAAAGGAGAGAAGCUGGUGCUCAGUAUGUGAAAUUAGGGGAAAGGUGGCGUGGAGCCGGCAACAGCAACAAUAGCAUCUCCACCAUCCUGCUCAUCGUGAGCUUUAUGAUCUGUGUCAGUUUGGUGGUUCUGGUGGCUCUGAACAUGAUGCUGUUCUACAAACUCUGGGCGCUGGAGCGGGCCGCACACACGCUGGAGACCUGGCACUCGUACUCUUUAACGGACAGUCCUCUUCCGCAGACGGCAGGAGAGUGGGUGCAGAUCCUGCAGCUCCAGAGGCAGUUCCACCAGGCCCAGAUAAACAAAUGGCAUCAGAUCCUACAGUCUUCUGUCACACUUCUGGAUCAGAUGAAACAGUCUCUGGAGAAGCUCAACAGAGGAAUGAUCACACCAGAGGUGCAGCAUGAGUCUGAAUCAGAACCAGGAACUCUGACGGAUCAGUGAGAGCGUAAGGUAACCCCUUCACCCUACCGUUUACAGACUCUGGUCCCCGUGACAUAGCCGUCCAUGAGGGGCUAAAUCAUGGACGGGAGAUGGUGCUCAACUCAGUGACAUUAACAUUGGGAUUGAUGUGGGUAUCUUUUAUCUUACCCAAGUGUCCCAACAGCAGCUACAGGACUUUAUACUAGCUGUAUAAAACACAUUCAACUCUUUUAUCAAUCGGAAUAUCAUGAACUCUGGGUCUGAAGCAAUAACACACAUGAACGGGAGCAUCUGUGACUUCAGCUGUGCUGCAUCUUGAGCCGUUUGGUCCUACUGCAUGUCUGAAAAAGCUGAAGGUGAGUUUUUAGAAAACUGAAUUUCAUCAAAAAAGAGCUGUUAAAGAUUUCAAAGAGGGAAGUGUCUGAAAUCAGCCUCUGAGAGACCUCUCAACUGGUGAUUUCACAAAUGUUAUUUUAAUGUUUUCAUGGAAGAGAAAUGUAAAUUUUCUCUUGUGUUAUGUUACUGUUUUGCUGAUUUCAGAGCUGAAACUGAAACUUCUUUAGAGUGUGUCAGACCAUUACAGUAUUUAUUUUGUAGACUUGAAUUACAGUCUAACGUCAUUGUGUGUUUCUGCUCAAACAAGGACCAAUGUGGAAAUGGGUGGAACGAGUGGUAUUAAUAUGAAUUCCUAUUUUAGCAAUAAUCAUGUGGAAAAAUUGUAAUGACAAUUAGAAGUUAAUCUACAAGAAAGAAUGCAAAAAAAAGUCAAAUGUGCAACUGUUACUUAGGUUAGAGUUCCAGAGUGAAGAUUGUUUUUACACACUUACAUGGUUGGUUACAAUAGUUACAAUUUUAACCAUUUCUUCUUUCUCCCUAAUAUUUUGGUUAUUAUUUUUGUUUUAAAUCCGUGUAUUUAUGACUUAGGGGUGAAAUGAGCUCUUUUGUGUAGUUGAGGUGUCGAGUUUCACUGGAAUAAAACUUGAACUGUUCAGGGUUACUAUUAGCUUAUAUUAGCUAUAACGUGUACACAGAUCGAAGAACUUCAGUCGUUCCUCAGACUGGACAUUUGGGACCAACCAGAACUCAGGAGGACUAUUGUGAGUUCACUCAACACUGUAGGCCAGUCUCAUAUAGAACAUGUCUUGUGUUUCACCUCAAAAUCAAAAGAAAAUAGAAAGAUUAGAUUUUUAUUUAUUUGUUUUAUUUUUAUAUAUUUUUUGCAUUGUGCCAAUUUCAUGGCAGUUAAGCACCCCUCACAAUUUACAUUUUUUAUUAAUUUUAUCUAUGAUUUUCACUGAUGUAAUAAUGAAAAUCAUCCUGUGCAGACCAUUAUUAUUUUACAUUAAAAUUAGCAUCAUUUAGAAACCAUAAAACAAAUACUGUCAAGUGGUAUAAAUAAAAUAUAUUAUUUUAUUAUCCUCAAUAAUGGGAAU